CAAUCGAUUAUGCCUGGAGAUACUCUUAAAAGUGUCCUUUUUUGUUUUAUUCUUCAGCACCUACAAAACGUAAUGAAGUGACCAGAGGUCACUAGACCCACGUGACCAUUUGAAAUUUAGCCGAUAUUUGAAGCAUUCGGUUUUUCCACUUGCUUUCAUUUUAUUCCACCUAGUUUUAAUGAACUUGCAAGCCUAAUGUUAUAAUUCAUUAAAAUAUCUCAGAAUCAGGGCACAAAUUUUGUGUUUAUAAAAGCAAAUCUUGCUUGUUUGGUUCUCGGUGACCUCAGAUCUUAGUUCUGAGGUUUACACUUCACGACUUCAGUGUGUGGUAGGAAAUGAGAGAACAGAAGUUGCUUUAAAUGACUGAAAUUGUAAUUUAAUUAAUGCGAUGAUUUCUCCUCAACAGAACUGUAGCGGAAGUUUUCCCACAAACAUGAACCCAUGCGAUACACUUAACAACUCUUGCUCCAUGAAUUACACCCCCACCACCACCACCACCCUUUGCCCCAGGCCGCACCCGAGGGAGGGGUGCAGGAGGGGGAUUAGCUCGAGGCUCGGUGACGUUUUGUGCCGCGAAUCCCCGCAAUCCGCCCCGAUGACAGGCGCACAUCCUCGGGCUGGAACCAGCAGGACACUGAGGCGCAGGAGGGGACACGCAGGACAGGAAGCGGACCAUGGCACCCAUCGGGCUGAAGGCGGUCGUGGGAGAAAAGAUUAUGAAUGACGUGAUCAAAAAGGUGAAAACGAAGGGAGAAUGGAAGGUGCUGGUGGUGGACAAGCUCAGCAUGAGGAUGCUGUCCUCCUGCUGCAAGAUGACGGACAUCAUGACCGAGGGCAUCACCAUUGUUGAGGACGUGAACAAACGACGUGAGCCUCUUCCCAGUCUUGAGGCUAUUUACCUCAUCACUCCUUCUGAGCAGUCUGUUCAGGGGCUCAUUGCUGAUUUCAGGGAUCCCAGGAAUGUCCAGUACAGAGCAGCUCAUGUCUUUUUCACUGACUCAUGCCCGGACCCAUUCUUCAACGAGCUGGUGAAAUCCCGCACCGCCAAAGCCAUCAAGACCUUGACCGAGAUCAACAUCGCCUUCUUGCCCUAUGAGUCACAGGUGUACUCUCUGGACAACCCGGAUGCCUUCCAAAGCCUCUACAGCCCAUACAAGACCCAGAUGAGAAACGCUGUGAUGGAGCGCAUAGCGGAGCAGAUUGCCACUCUGUGUGCCACACUGAAAGAGUACCCCGCGAUCCGAUACCGCGGGGAGUAUAAGGACAAUGCCACCCUAGCUCAGCUGCUGCAGGAGAAGCUGGAUGCGUAUAAAGCAGAUGACCCCACCAUGGGAGAGGGUCCAGACAAGGCUCGGUCCCAGCUGCUAAUCCUGGACCGUGGGUUCGACCCUAUUUCCCCGCUCUUACAUGAGCUCACCUUCCAGGCCAUGAGUUAUGAUCUGCUGCCCAUUGAGAACGAUGUCUACAAGUACGAGACCACCGGGAUGGGGGACACCCGUCUAAAGGAGGUGCUUCUGGACGAGGACGAUGACCUGUGGAUAACCCUUCGACACAAACACAUAGCCGAGGUGUCCCAGGAGGUGACUCGCUCUCUGAAGGAGUUCUCCACCAGCAAAAAGAUGAACACAGGAGAGAAGACCACAAUGAGAGAGCUGUCCCAGAUGCUCAAGAAGAUGCCCCAGUACCAGAAGGAGCUGAGCAAGUACUCCACUCAUCUCCACCUGGCUGAAGAUUGCAUGAAACACUACCAGGGCAAUGUGGACAAGCUGUGCCGCGUUGAACAGGACCUGGCGAUGGGCAUGGAUGCCGAGGGAGAGAAGAUCAAGGACCCCAUGAGGGCCAUUGUCCCCGUUCUGCUGGACCCCAAUGUCAGCACCUACGACAAAAUCCGCAUCAUCCUGCUGUACAUAUUCCUGAAAAAUGGGAUCACGGAGGAGAACCUGAGCAAGCUCCUUCAGCACGCGCAGAUCCCCCCGGACGAUAGCGACAUCAUCCUCAACAUAGCCCACCUGGGCCUACCCAUCAUCUCAGAUUCUACCGUACGCCGUGGAAAGAAGCCAGACCGUAAGGAGAGGGUCAGUGAGCAGACCUACCAGCUGUCCCGGUGGACCCCAGUGGUCAAAGACCUCAUGGAGGAGAUCAUUGAAGACAAGCUGGACCCUAAGCAGUACCCCUUCAUCUCCAUGCGCUCCUCCUCUUCCUCACACAGCAGCACCACCAGCAGCGCUCGGUACGGCAACUGGCACAAGAACAAGACUGCCACGGAGGUGCGGACGGGACCCCGGGCCAUCAUCUUCGUCAUCGGUGGGGUGUCUUUCAGCGAAAUGCGCUGCGCUUACGAGGUCACGCAAACCAACGGCAAAUGGGAGGUCAUCGUUGGCUCCACCCACAUUUUCACCCCCGCCAACCUGCUGGACACCCUCAAGGAGAUGACCAAGCAAGAACAAGGAGGCCACUUAGAAGAGGCCGCAUAGAAGCCCUUCGGCCGUCUCCGUCCGCCUCCAAACCGCUCUCAUUCAGGAUCCCUAGACGGCCUGCUGUCUUUUUCUUUAGGAAAAAAAGCCACCGGGGGGAAAAAAUUAAAAAAACAUUAAAACGUCGUUUAUCAUCUGCACAUCAAAUGCGGGGAGUUACAAGACUUAUUAAGUAUGGAAAUUUUUAAAGGAAAACUCCAGUAUUUCUUUUAGGGGCCCACUGUGACAUGUAAUAGCAUGUAUUUUUUUUUUUUUUUUUAACUUUCAAUUAUCUGGAAUUAUUUUAUUUAUUCUAGACAGAGGAAGGACGUCGACUCUGAUCACGUAGCAAAGUGUAUUUGUGUAAAAUUGUAAUCGACCAAAAGGAUGAUUCUGAAUUUUGGCGAACGUACUGACGGGUUGAGCCGGAGUAGGUGCGGAGUACACACUGUGCUGGAAGUAACCGUAGUUUUACCGUAGUAUCGCUUCAGAGACUGAAAGCCAAAUUAAAUUUGUAUGUGAUGCAGGUAGAUUUACCACCGCAGCUACGGGUGGAAGUCAUCUCACAUAUUUUUUUUAAAGAGCUAUUAUUUUUGUCAAAAGGUCACUGCUUGUGUAAUCGAGGUGAAUAUUGAGUCAAGGGCGAAGUAUUUGUCAGUAUUAUAUUCAAUAAUAUCGAGUGACCAUUUUAACCUCGCUUACCUUUUCAGGACAUGGCAGUAUUUACCCUUUGCUUUCCUAGCUUCAUUGCUUUGUUAUUUAUAGACCCAUUUUUUUGUAGAGUUUUAUUGCCUGUUAGACAUAUUUCUUCCUGUAAAAUUGCAUCUCGUUCCUUGGGAAAUGCCAGUGCGGACCCACCCCGUGUUUCAUUUAGCUCUGGUUCCUGGUCCACAUGGGGGAAAAAAAAACAGUAACUGUACAUUUUGUGUGUGGGUUUGUGUUUCUUUGUGUCCUGUUGCAACACGACGACCUGCACGUGACACGAUUUGCAAGCAAAACGGUGAACGUCUCGUCGCCUCGUCUCCCUUUCUUCUUCUAGAUGAACGGACUGAAAGUGGCAAUAGCUCGUCGUGUUCUUUUAUAU